AGCUACUGCCUCUCACUGGUCUCCCAGCUUCCUCCUGCCUGUCUCUCAGUAACUCGCUGUCAGUACCGGGCUCCUAGGCCGGUGUCAUGCGCUCCUGUGCUGCUGGGGUAAGGCAGACACACACAGCACGUAGAGAGCGUCAAAUGGGGGUGUGACGCAGCCAGUGACAGCAGCGGCGGCUCCUCCCAGGCCGGGACGGGCACAGCACGGAGAGAAAGAGACAUGGCCGGGAAGGAGCACACCUCUGCCGCCGCCGUGACAGCUCUGGGCCGGGCUGCUGACACCUGGCUGACGUGGGACAAGAAUCCCAAAACCUCUGCAGCGGUGAAGCAGCUGGUGUCUGAUGGGAAGACAGAAGAGUUGGAGAAAUGUUUUGGCUCCAGGAUGGAGUUUGGUACAGCAGGACUGCGAGCAGCGAUGGGAGCUGGUGUCUCCCGGAUGAAUGACCUGACCAUUAUCCAAACUACUCAGGGGUUCUGCAGGUACCUUGAGAAAAGUAUCAGUGACUUGAAGGACAGAGGUGUUGUCAUUGGCUAUGAUGCCCGAGCUGACCCAGCAAGUGGAGGUAGCAGUAAGAGAUUUGCAAGGCUUGCUGCCACAACCUUUGUCAGUCAAGGAAUCCGAGUCUUCCUCUACUCCAGUAUCACCCCAACACCUUUCGUGCCCUAUGCGGUAACACAUCUUAAACUGUGUGCUGGGAUCAUGGUCACUGCCUCACACAAUCCAAAGGAAGACAAUGGAUACAAGGUUUAUUGGGAGAACGGAGCUCAGAUCAUUUCUCCACAUGACAAGGGUAUUGCACAGGCUAUUGAGGGGAACCUGGAGCCGUGGCCGCAAGCCUGGGAUGAUUCUCUCAUUGACGGCAGCUCCCUUCUUAAAGACCCCUACAAGUCUAUUAACAAGGAAUACUUUUCUGAUAUACAGAAGCACUGCUUCCACAGAGAUAUAAACAAGAAGUCCAAGUUGAAGUUUGUCCACACAUCUGUGCAUGGUGUCGGCCACGAGUUUGUGCAGUUUGCAUUCCAGGCUUUCAGCUUCCCACCCCCACUCGCUGUUCCAGAACAAAAGGACCCAGACCCAGAAUUUCCUACCGUGAAAUACCCCAACCCUGAAGAGGGUAAAGGAGUCUUGAAAUUAUCUUUUGCGUUGGCCAACAAAGAAGAAGCCACAAUAUUAUUGGCAAAUGACCCAGAUGCUGACCGGCUUGCUGUUGCAGAAAAACAGGAAAGCGGUGAGUGGAAAGUGUUCUCCGGCAACGAGCUUGGUGCACUUCUAGGCUGGUGGAUCUUUACCUGCUGGAAAGAGCAGAACCCAGAGCCAGGUGCUGUGAAGAACGUCUACAUGCUGGCCAGCACCGUCUCCUCCAAGAUCCUCCGGGCCAUCGCUGUGCAGGAAGGCUUCCACUUCGAGGAAACACUGACUGGAUUUAAAUGGAUGGGAAAUAGAGCAAAAGAACACAUUGACCAAGGAAAAACUGUACUUUUUGCAUUUGAGGAAGCAAUAGGUUACAUGUGCUGCCCUUUUGUUUUGGACAAAGAUGGAGUAAGUGCUGCUGUCAUAGCUGCAGAAAUGGCCAGUUACCUAGCAACCAAGAGCCUAACCCUGUCCCAGCAGCUGGCGGUCAUCUUUAACAAGUAUGGCUACCACAUUAGCAGGAAUUCCUAUUUCCUAUGCUACGAUCAAACUACAAUCAGAAACCUGUUUGACAACCUGCGAAACUACGACGGCGGCACUGACUAUCCCAAGAUGUGCGGUAAAUUCAAGGUUACUGGAGUGCGAGACUUAACCACCGGAUACGACAGCAACCAGCCUGACAAGAAAGCUAUUCUCCCAACCAGUAAGAGCAGCCAGAUGAUCACUUUCACCUUCGCCAAUGGAGGAGUGGCCACUAUGAGAACCAGCGGCACCGAGCCAAAAAUAAAAUACUACGCAGAGCUGUGCGCAGCACCGGGAAACAGUGACUACGACCAGCUGAAGAAGGAGCUGGAGGACCUUGCUGAUGCCAUUGAAGAACACUUCUUUCAGCCAGAGAAAAAUAAAUUGCAAAGGAAAGUAGAUUAAAGGCCCAGGGCCUGAUUUAGAGGUCGGCACAAUUACCAAUGCACAGGUCAAAGUGGGUCACAUAAAUUGCGCUCUUACAUGUAACUGUGGGUACAACCAACAGAAAAAAUAGCAGUAUUUCUACGCCUGGGGUAUAAAUGUGUAUACGCUCCUCCCCUCUGUCGCAGCCGACAUCGGCAAGUGUAUAUGCACUUGGCGAUGUCGGGGCCCCAUCGCAGACAAUGUCGCAUCGCGCAAACAUCGCUCUGAUGUGUACACAGCCUUUCUUUCCAUAGCUGCAACCUUAAUGAAUUAUACUAUCAGCUAAAGGGGUCAGUACUGUAAUAGACAAUCAGGAGUAACCAAAUAGUUCAACUUGUGUCAAUGUCGUCAUAAUCUGUAUACCAGGCCUCCUGUACAUGCAAAACAUGGUCCUCCUAAGUGUCUUAUGUGGAAAGCUUUCUAGACUAAUUAGAGCAGUCUCUAUAGGGCGUGAUACUCUUGUGUGUGUGUACAUGCCCUUAUUUACACCCCCGUAUACUAUCCAACUGUAAAUGAGGCUCAGUGUUUGCUUAGUUGUGAUCUUCAGAGGUGUUGAUGACUGAAACCAAUGGUUGAGUUCAUAAAAACUUAAAACUAGAGACAUGUCGCCAUGCAAUAUGCUGCCACUCCUAACGCUACUCUUUGGAUGGUAUUCAAAUGAUAUACAGUAUAUCACACCCAAUCUUCUUUCUAAAGUGAUCCCCGUUAUCGCGCAUGUUGUGCCGAUAGUAAUCAGGUUUAGCUGCGUAAAUGGUUGGGUGCCUUCGCUACCACCGAGGGGUGGUGAGGUGAAAUGAUUAUACCACACCCAUCAGCAGAAACAGAACGGGUGUGGAAGGGGGUGAAAAGAAUUUAAUUCUUCCCAUUGAAUUAUAGAAUCUGAUAGAGCACACUAAUGUAUAUGCUCGAAACAUUAUUUAACCAUUUUAAAUAAAUUACAGUUCUGAAACCGCAUUCACAUUUAAUGUUUAAAAGAGUGCUCCAAACAAAGGAAUUUCUUUUCUUUUGGUGAGAUGUGGGUUCUUCCACUCCCACUGAAUUAACAUGUAUCUGGUACAUAUUCCUAGGAGCACCUCCAACGUCAAAAUAGCCGCUGAUGCGGGUUUAAUUGGUUUUUUUGUUUAGUUGGUUUUCGUUAUCAAAUUAAUUAAUCAUAUUUAGUCUGGUGCAGGAUAAACUCUGUUUUGUCUAGUUCUGAAACCGCAACAAUUCUAAACAUUUCAAUAUUUCCUUUUUAACUCAUCCGUUGGGCUGUAAUAAACUGCACACACAAAAUGACUGUAUGACCCUGCGUUGUGUCCUAUUAAUGGCCCUGUGCGCGUCUCUCGCCUAGUUGGGUUCUCCGAACACGAUUAACCAUUUAUUUUCCUAUCUUACGCAAUGGAGACUUUAUUUCAUAGUUUAAACAGGUUCACCUGUGAUAAGGGGCUUUUGUACAGCAAGUGCUUUUUCCAAAGCUACUGUUAUGGGACCAAAUCCUUGUCUGCACUGCAUCUGUGGGAACAAUUGACCUGUCAUAGUGACAUGUCAGCUGGCAGUAGAUCACCAUGUUCCCUGCACUAUCUAUACAAAGGUGUAAUACAGGAGAGCAGCUUCUGCAUUAGGGUAAUAGGUUUUGUUUGAAUGGGUGCCGCUGCAGACACUGCGUUGGUGCUAGCGUUAGAGGGACCCCUGUACCUCUCAUAUGUCCAGGCGCGGUUUAUAAGCUCAGGUGUCUUUGAUGUGUAAAACUUAUCCUGGGACUGACUAUUCUACCACUGCAUUUAUACAUCUAUUCCCAGCAAAACACAGAGGACCAUGUCUGUUAUUUAUCACCGAUUAAUAAAUGUUGUAUACAAACACUGUAUGUUGCAUUGUAUGUGCUGCAAUGAGCAUUUUGCUUUAGAUGGUGCAAGAUUUGGUCAGCUAUUGAUGAACUACAGCUUCCAGCAUGAUGUGCAGAUACUGGUACUGCGUGAUUGGAGAGAACAGCAGUAACCGUACAGUAACAGCAAUGGGUGAGCCUGUGGUUUCUAAGAUGGUCUUGGACUAUGUGCAGCAGUAUUUCAUAUACUUCUACUGUCAUUUAGCUAAUACUGUCUUUUUGCUAUAGGUUUGCUUUACACAGUUUCUUUUUCAUUUCUGCCACUACAUACUGUUACUUGUAUAUCUACAGCAGCUGAAGAGCCUAAACCUAAUGUAGAUUAUUACAGUCCAAUUAUUAUUACUAACCUUUAUAUAGCACCAUCAUAUUCUGCAGCACUUACAAUUGGGAACAAAUAAUACUUGUACAAUACUGAGUGGGGUAUGGGUCAUUAGGUCAGCCACACUUAGGUCGACAGUCUAUUGGUUGACAUGUACUAGGUCAACAUGGAAAAAGGUCGACAUGAGUUUUUUUUGACUGUUUUUGGUGUAGUUUUCUUCCUAAAGUGACGGGGAACUCCAGUUAGUGCAUCGUGUCCCCUCGCGCUUCAGGCAGGGUGCCUCGCACUGCUACCGCUGCGCUCGGCACAGGUUACCAUUCCCAGUUGUAGUCCACGUGGAUCGUAAAGUAUGAAAAAGUAAAAAAAAAAAUUAAAAAAAAUGUGAAAACUCAUGUUGACCGUUUUCCCUGUUGCCCUAUUGACCAUGUCGACCAAUAGUGGUCAACCUAAUGACCGUAUCCCACUGAGUGUUAACAAACAGACAGACAGGUACAUGAACCUUGCUCACAGGCUUACAGUAUAUAAUCUCCUUUUUUUGCUAAUACUAAACCCAUUGCCUUUAUUGAUCCUCAGAGGACAUUAUCUUGUCUUAUCUUGGGUUUCCUUGUUGCUCUUCAAGGAAUGACCUUGACGUGUACCAAGCUAAUUUGCCAGCUGUCCCUCAAAUAGCUUUAUUUACUAUUCUUAACCGGGGCUAAUUCAGGUUGAAGCAAUCCAACAUGCGGUUCUCCUGAUAAUCGGGAAACUGCGCACACACAGGGCUCGUCUCCACAUGUGCAGAAUGGGUCCUGUGAUCGCAUCUCAGUAAUGUGAACACCUCUGCCUGUCGGGGAUGGGCGGGGCAGCCAGCGUUGCUGAAAAUGGGGUUCUGUAGCCCGUUUUCCGGGAGUGGCGAGGCCAAGGACUGCGUCUGGGGUUCCUAUGACUAUAAGAGACCUAUGCAGCCCUCCUGUCUAAGCUUACGGUUGGCGAUGUCCCACCUGUGUAAGGGAGAGAGGAGAAGAGUGUGCUGGGGGAUUGGGGGAGCAGUUUUGACCCCAGUAGACCUAGAGAAAGGAGUAUGCUGAAACGUUUGGAGGCUGGGCGGGAUGGGUUUUCUAUCUGCUUUCAGCUACCGUAAUGGGCCAAUAUGUGCUCUAAAAGAACUGUGCAGCGCUCCUGUCAGUUUAUAUGUGUUGAUGCCCUUCCCUUGUUAAAUUCCCAUUGGGAUUAAUGGGAGCUUCCUGGGAGUUGGGCAUGGUACUGGAAGAGGAUUUGGGACCCCAGGAACUCAGAACAUUGGUACAUAUGCAAGGAUAUUAUAUUCACUUGGCUUCAGCUAAGCUGAGCUGCAUGCACCAUUCACGCUUCGUACCUUGUGCAGUAAUGUUGCUACUGCAUGAUUGAUGCAAUGUUACAGCCCAGCGCAUGUUGGGGCAGUUAAUCACUGACAUAACAUCCAGUAAAUAUUUGCUCUGAGGGUUACUCAAAAUAAUGAUAAUGCAGUUGCAUCGGCGACAUGUUUUUAGUCGCAAACCAUUGCAAUUGAUGUCAGAUUCACGCCCCGAAAACGAACUGCAUUUGUCCAACCACUCCCCACAGACGCCAUGUGAACACCCACGAAUGGUCACUUCCUGCCAAUCAGUUGCGAUCACAUUUCACUAAAUUGCAGUCGCAAUUUAGCCUUCACGCAUGUGCGGUCGCAGCACAUGUGCAGUCUGUCAAUAAUUGCUCGCUUUGCAAUUUUGCACCUGAAGCUGAAUUAAUCCCUCAAUCCAGUGGUUCCCAAACUUUCUUGUAUCAUGGCGCCCCGUAGUGUCAGUUAUUUUUUUCACGGCACCCCUAGUCUAAAUUUUUCUUAUUGAGAAAUUCAGAAAACAUUAUUUAAAAAGUAUCCGGGCUCUGUUAUGUGGCGGUGGUCAGGGCUGUACUUCUGUUAACUCGCAUACUUUUUGAUUUUAGCCACCAGCACUAGUUUUGCCAAUCACACUGACUAUAAAUAAUUUUAUUUGGUCCUUGACUACCAACCCUUGUCACCCCUGCAUAUGCCCCGCGGCACCCAGUGUGGGAACCACUGCAUUAGUCUAAAGCUGGCUGCACACUAAUUCUAGUUUAUUUCAGACAAAUGACAUAUCACUGCUGUACUGCUUCAUACCAGUACAAACACGGAUUGGUCAUGAUUUCUCCAGGAAACUCUGGUAAAAGCGCACACACUCCCACAGUAUGGCCGCAUCAUUUCAUUUGCUGUGAAGUUACAGAGUUCUAGUGCUGCAACUGCAUCCAAAUGAUUGAUCUAUGGUAUUAACUUUUAUGGUGUCUGGAAUGCGUGGCGGCCACUGUACCUUACUCUGUCAUUCUUAGCCUUAUUCUCCUACAUAUAUAACUUGUUACCAUGCUAAAUCAUAUUAGUAUACAGUCAGUUUGUAAUAUUGUUUUAUUACUAUGGUACAUUGGGUUUGGUAUAACCGGGGAAAUACACCGGGGGAGAUGGGAGAAGUGUAGACAAAUAGAAGAAAAAUGUUUUCAUCCGUAUUCUGGGGGUGAUUCCGAGUUGUUCGCUCGUUAGCUGCUUUUAGCAGCAUUGCACACGCUAAGCCGCCGCUUACUGGGAGUGUAUCUUAGCAUAGCAGAAUUGCAAACGAAAGCUUCGCUAAUUUUCUCGUAACGAUUACCCCGCGGUUUCUGAGUAGCUCCAGACUUACUCAGCCAUUGCGACCAGCUCAGUCUUUUUCGUUCCUGGUUUGACGUCACAAACACACCCAGCGUUUGCCCAGCCACUCCCCCGUUUCUCCAGCCACUCCUGCGUUUUGCAACUCGAACGCCUGCGUUUUUCCGCACACUCCCAUAAAACGGCCAGUUUCCGCCCAGAAACACCCACUUCCUGUCAAUCACACUACGAUCAGCACAGCGAUGAAAAAGCUUUGUUAUGCCGUGAGUAAAAUACCUAACUUUUGUGUAAAAUAACUAAGCGCAUGCACUCUGCGUACCUUGCGCAUGCGCAGUAAGCGACUAAUCGCAGUAUAGCGAAACUUCGGGAACGAGCGAACAACUCAGAAUGACCCCCUCUAUUCCUGGCUCUUCUCACUGGAUUUCCCCUGUUGUGUGUACAUGAACAAGAAGUAAUGUUAUGCUUUACUAAUAUAGAAAUAAAAGAUCACUUACUCAGUGUUUAAUGUA